AUGUCUUGCACGAGGGAAUUUCAAGGCCUGCAUAUCGAAACGGAUCAGUGUCACCAACUUGUUGCUUUCGGCCUAGAUAUGAGGGAAUUAACUGCACACACUGUCGAGACCACGGUCAAAGAAGACCUGGGGUCCCUCCUAAGCCGUUUGGUCCGUCGCCCGAAGUCUGAACAGUUAAGCAAGGUCUCAGCAACCAACAGCUUGGCGCCUUACGUGGCGAGGCCUCAGACUGCCAUGACUCCCGAGGUUACACAGUAUCCAUUUCUCACGUACGCGAAAGAGAAUUGGUUCAAACACACUGUUUAUCUUUACUCGUCAGUCGACAAAGCUACAUGGAUACUCCUCGGCAGGAUCCUCAGUGGUGACAUUUCUUACCCACGAAGCGUUCCUUGGGAAGAUGAGUCUUUACAAGGUGGAAUGAUUAAGAACCUGCAAGUAGGGACCUAUUCACUAUCUAAGUUUGUCUGUGUCUACGCUUACGCCCGUCGACUUGGUAAUUGGGGAUUUUGUUGUCGUGCCUUCAUGUUGCUGGCUGAGGACGCCAAGAAACAAAAGGAUGUAUAG